UAGUCAAUCCUCUUUGACUCCAGUACCCACAUUUAACCCAUGUGAAACCGGUACAUUACAAAAUAAUAAAAAAAAUUAACAUAGAGUGAUAAGUGGAUCGACAUUUCUUGUGAGAAUCAGAAACUUAUCAACGACGUAACCAGCACUCUGCAAAGACACCUUACGACAAAUCCAACAAUUUGUGCUUUUGCAAUUAAUUUAAUAGUUAAAAAAUGUCGUCAUUCCUAACCAGAAAAUUCCUCAGCUCCUUGGGGUCCUUCACCAAAUAUUCUCAAGCUGGUGUUUUUUCUGUUCGUCAUUUGAAUUUAUUGGAAUAUCAGAGCAAAGAACUAUUAAAAGACAGCGGAGUGUCUGUGCAGAAUUUCACGAUUGUUGAUGACGCUAAUAAAGCAGACAGUGCUCUUGAUAAAUUUCGGGUCGACGAGUAUGUCAUCAAGGCCCAAGUGCUGGCUGGUGGCCGAGGAAAGGGAUGGUUUGAUAAUGGGUUCAAAGGAGGUGUUCAUCUUACGAAAGAUCCGAAAGAAGUGAAAGACAUCGUGAAACAUAUGUUGGGGCACCGACUUAUCACUAAACAGACCCAUAAGGAUGGCAUCCUCGUUCAGAAAGUCAUGAUAGCUGAGUCAGUGGAUAUACAACGUGAAACAUACGUUUGUAUUCUGAUGGAUCGGGGGUACAACGGGCCCGUCCUGAUAGCAUCACCAGCUGGUGGGAUGGACAUAGAAACUGUCGCUGAGAAAACCCCAAAGCUCAUAAAAACCGUUCCACUGGACAUUUACUAUGGAAUAGAUGAUAAUAUCGCAAAAGAUGUUGCCGAGUUUCUGGGAUUUACUGGGGAGGAUAUUAAGACCAAGGCGAUUUAUGAAUUAAAGAACUUAUGGAAGUUAUUCGUUGACAUUGACGCUCUGCAGAUCGAGAUCAAUCCCUUGGUUGAGACAGCGGACAAGCAAGUAGUUGCUGUUGAUGCGAAAAUUUCAUUUGACGACAACGCGCAAUUCAGGCAAAAGGAUAUUUUUGAGCUUGAGGACACUAAUGAGAAAGACCCGAGAGAAGUUGAGGCUUCCAAGUUCAAUCUUAAUUAUAUUAGUAUGGAUGGAAAUAUUGCAUGUCUUGUAAAUGGCGCGGGAUUGGCAAUGGCAACGAUGGACAUAAUUAAAAUGAACGGUGGAGACCCCGCGAAUUUUCUCGACGUUGGGGGUGGUGUUACCCAAGAUCAAGUAUUCCAGGCAUUUAGAAUUGUCGCCGAAGAUUCUAAAGCGAAAGCAAUAUUCGUUAAUAUCUUCGGUGGAAUCGUCAAUUGUGCGACAAUUGCUAAAGGGAUAGUAGCAGCAGCGAUAACACUAGGAAUAAAGAAACCAGUGGUUGUGAGAUUGCAAGGAACAAACAUGGAGGAGGCUCGCAAGAUCCUCCAGGAGUCGAAUCUCCCAUUCACGAUGGAGAACGACUUGGACGUGGCUGCGAAGAAAGUUGUGGCUGCAAUAAAAUGAUCAAAUUCCUCCAAAAGCAGAUUUUAAAAAAGGACGAAAGAUCAAUACCAAAAAAGAACUGAUCGUACAGCAAAGGAAAUAUUGUUAAAGUAAAUUUCAAAUUUCCAACACAAUUUGUUACUUGUUAUACCGUAGGCUUAGGAAAUCAAGAAAUACAUUUUCAUUAUUACAAACUA